AUGUUGGCCAAUCCGUCUCUUCCUAGUCAACCCCAAUCCCUGCAAGGGGCGCAUCUCGCCUGGACCCCCCAGAAGGACGUCGACCAAAUCUCCUCCCUGUCCACUGCCCCCGCAGCCAGUUUGCUAGAUGCCCUGCAACGAGCUGCUGCCUCCCCCGCUGGCAUUAUCUUCUACGACUCUUCGGGGUCUCCAGGGGCAUCGGAAAUUUACGGACGUCGCUGCACCUACCAGGCGCUGCUCGACCAGGCCCGGACGGACUCCGUCUGGUUGCAGUCGACGGUGCCGGACCUGCGUCGCGACACCGUUGUCCUCUUGCACUUCGACUCACAUGCCGAGAAUAUCUUCUGGUUCUGGGCUGUCACCGUCGCCGGUUAUCUGCCCUGUAUCCUGCCCAAAUUGGCGGUUCAGACCGAUCAGCGUGUCGCUCAGGCCCAGCAUAUCCUCCAUCUGCUGAAUGGUCCCGUUAUUCUCACGAACGACCGUAUGGCCUGUGCCUUUGCGGGCGUUGAUCCCCCGCGGCUGUAUCGUGUCGAUCAGCAUCUCCACUCUUGUGGCCCCUUGUCGUCGUCGCCGUCUUCCUCCUCUCCGUUCAUCCGCAAUCAGCGCGACGAUGACCUCGGAGCAUUGAUGCUCACGUCCGGCAGUACCGGCUUUUCCAAAGCCGUGUGCCUGCGCCAGCCCCAGAUGCUGGCCGCGGCGGCGGGCAAGGCAGCCCACUGUGGUGCCACACCCGGCGACGUCUUCCUGAGCUGGAUCGCGCUGGACCACGUGGUGAACCUGGUGGAGAUGCAUCUCCAGGCCUUAUUGCUGAAGGCGGAGCAGGUCCACAUCGCUACCGACGAGGUCCUGGCCGAACCACGACGCUUCCUCGACCUGGUCGACCGCCAUCGCGUGUCGCUCAGCUUCGCCCCGAACUUCUUUUUGUCCCGCCUGUGUGAGCGCGUGUGUCAUCCGCCCGACGGCGACCCAACGCCUGAACCCCCGACCUGGGACUUAUCUUGCCUGCGAUGCGUCUUCUCAGGUGGCGAGCCAACCGUCCGCCAGAUGGCUCUGGAGCUGACGCAAGCCCUACAGCCUUACGGCGCACAGCCUUUUAUCCGAGCGGGCUACGGGCUGACGGAGUCCUGCGCAGGCAUGGCCUGGGACCUGAGCGAUGGUUCCGUAGAAGACAUCCAAACUGGGUCCGGCGAGUUUCUGAGCUGUGGGAGACCCAUCCCUGGAGCGCUCAUGCGAAUUGUGCGCGACGACAGCGAGAACCCCGAGGAAGUGGACGUAAACGAGUCGGGGAUGCUGCAGCUGACCGGGCCUAUCAUCUUCAACCGCUACUAUCGCGAUCCAGAGGCGACAGCUGCAGCCUUCACGUCCGAUGGAUGGUUUAUUACAGGGGACAUGGCCUGUCAGGACGAACACGGCCGGCUAUUCAUCACCGGCCGCGUCAAAGACACGCUACUCGUGAAUGGACUCACCAUCUCCUCGGUCGAGGUCGAGCACAGUCUGGAACAGGCCAGCAUCCCCGGCCUCACCCGCAGCUAUACCAUCGUCUUCCCCUACCGACCGACCGGCGCACACACCGAGUCCUACUGUGUGGUCUAUCUGCCGUCCUUCGCCCCGGACGACGCUGCCGCGCGCGCCCACACCACCGACGCCAUCGAGCGCAUCGCCAGCCUUGUUGUGCACGUCAAACCAGCUGCUGUGCUGCCUCUUCCACUCCCCCGUUUCGACAAGACCUCGCUGGGGAAACUGUCGCGUGCUCACUUCCGCCGCGCCUUCGAGACCGGCCUGUUCGAUGAGGACCGCAGCUUCCAUGAGGCCCAGCUACAGGCCUACCGCAAGGCCCAUCGUCAUGGGCCCUCGUCGGCCACCGAACACACCGUCCUUGCCCUUGUGUGCGCCCAUCUUGCCGCCGACCCGGCCCAGGUCAGCACCACCUCCAACCUGUUCCAUCUGGGCCUGUCCUCACUCGACUUCUACGCCCUGACCCAGCAGCUGCAGCACACCCUCCAGACCCGAUUUACUGUGCCGGAUCUCCUCGCCGACCCGACCGUCGCCGGCGUAGCCCGCCGAGUCGACUCUGCCCCUAGUCAUACCUCUCCCUCUCCCUCUCCCUCCUACGACCCCGUCGUGCCCCUACAACGAAACGGCAACCGUCCACCGCUCUGGCUCGUCCAUCCCGCCUCCGGCAACGUGCUUAUCUUCACAGCAUUGGCGCGCGCCUUCCACGACCGCCCGAUCUACGCCUUCCGCUCGCGGGGUGUCCAGCGCGGCGAGGCGCUUUUCCCCAGCGCAUCCUCCAUGGCGGCAACCUACCACGCCGCGAUGAAACGCACACAGCCGACGGGCCCAUACGCGCUAGCAGGCUACUCGCUCGGGAGCAGCAUUGCCUUCGAGAUUGCCAAACGGCUCGAAUCCAACGGCGACGAGGUCCGAUUCCUCGGAGCUCUGGACGGCCCACCAGAUAUCGGGGCGCUUGUAGGCAAUCUAACAUGGACAGAGGCACUAGUCAUGCUGGCGUACUUCUACGAACUGAUUCCCGAGUCGCUGUCGCGGGUCCUACAGCCUCAGCUGGCGACGGUGGCGCCCGACACAGCGAUGGAUGUCAUUCUGCAGCAUGCGGACGCGACGAGACGGGCGGUGCUGCAGCUGGAUAGGGACGAGUUGGCUCAUGUCACGAACGUCACUGCCGGGUUUUCACGCAUUGCGAGGGAUUAUCAUCCCGCGGGGAAGGUCAGUAAGAUGGAUAUUUUUGUUGUGGAUCCACUGUCGAGUAUCACGGAUUCGAAGAGGGAGUGGGUCGAUCGGUAUUUGGGGGAGUGGAAGGGCUUGGUAUCUGGCGAUGUGGUGUUUCAUUAUUGUGAGGGGAAACAUGCAGAGAUGCUUGGGGAGAAGUAUGUGAAUGGCGUACAGAGGAUGCUGAGAAGAGUGUUGGAGGAGAGGGGGCUGUAG